AUGAGUCUCGUUUACAAGAGGAAGGUGACCACGCCGCUGUUCACACCUGCAGUGGGGGUCGCCGCCGCAGGUGCUGGAGGCGCCGGUGGUGCGGGCGCGAGGAGUUACGUCGAUCCUCACACCUACGAGGAUCCGAAUCAAGCCGUCAGAGAAUUCGCUCGCGAGAUCGACGCGGGAUACAUCACGAUAGAAGCCAUCAUAGGUGGCGGUGAAUUCGGCGACGUUUGCCGAGGAAAACUGAAACUGCCGCCAGACGGUCGAACGGAGAUCGACGUAGCCAUCAAAACCCUGAAGCCCGGCUCCGCGGACAAGGCUCGCAACGAUUUCCUGACCGAGGCGUCGAUCAUGGGCCAGUUCGAGCACCCGAACGUGAUAUUCCUGCAAGGCGUCGUGACCAAGAGCAACCCGGUGAUGAUCAUCACGGAGUUCAUGGAGAACGGCAGCCUGGACACCUUCCUGCGCGCCAACGACGGCAAGUUCCAGGUGCUGCAGCUGGUCGGCAUGCUGCGCGGCAUCGCGAGCGGCAUGCAGUAUCUCGCGGAGAUGAACUACGUUCAUCGCGACCUGGCGGCGAGGAACGUCCUCGUGAACGCAGCCCUCGUUUGCAAGAUCGCGGACUUUGGACUGAGCAGGGAGAUCGAGAGCGCCACGGAAGGAGCGUAUACGACUAGGGGUGGAAAGAUUCCGGUCCGAUGGACAGCGCCGGAAGCGAUAGCGUUCCGGAAGUUCACCAGCGCCUCGGACGUGUGGAGCAUGGGCAUCGUCUGUUGGGAGGUGAUGUCGUACGGCGAGAGGCCGUAUUGGAACUGGUCGAAUCAGGACGUGAUCAAAUCGAUCGAGAAGGGAUACAGGCUUCCAGCGCCGAUGGAUUGCCCGGAGGCGAUCUAUCAGCUAAUGCUCGACUGCUGGCAGAAGGAGCGGACCCAUCGUCCGACCUUCGCCAAUCUCACCCAGACCUUGGACAAGCUGAUCCGGAGCCCGGAGACGCUCAGGAAAAUCGCCCAGAACAGGUAA